AUGACUGUCAAUGGACAGUUCUACACAGAAGUUCUUGACCGAUUUCGAAAACGAAUUCAUAGAGCAUUUUCAGAUGUUUGUGUUCCUACAACAACCAGAAAUGCAUUGUCUGAUAUGAAAUUAAUAUCUGAAAAUACAAAUUACUUUGAUGAAAGUCAAUUAGAAGCUGUAGAUACUGAUGCAUCUUUAAAGCAUUGUUAUGAACAACGAAUAAAGUGCAAGUCUCCAACUGAUGAUCUUGAAAAGCUUGAGGCUUUAUGUGUUCAGUCUCCGAGUUUCACAAGUUUAUAUGGACAAGAAAACAGCCGGACUGCAUGUAGUUAUCAUUCACCAACAACAACAGAAACAAAGAAUAGCUCAAGUUUUAAGCAAAGUAUAAGCAUCAUCAGCAGUGAAUUUGUAAACAAAAAGUCUAAAUUUUCUGCAUCUUCAUCUGCAAUUUUGACGCCUAAGACAUCAAGUGUAUCCCAUUGGGAGUAUGAAAAUAAAUAUAGUCCACUUCUUAAACGAUCGUCUUCAGCAGUUGAUAAGGAUGUAAAUUCUACACCUAAAAGAUUUGCAGUAGAAAAAAUUGGAUUAAAAAAUAAAUCAUCUUAUAUCAGGACUCCUGUUUCAUCAUCCCAGUGGGAAUAUAGAAACAAACAUAGUUCAUGGUCAUCUUCUGAAUCUGAUAAAAGUCCAAAUUCUCCACUUGAAAGACUUGAAAAAAAGAGAAUUGACCUGAAAAGUAGAACUUCUAGUAUAUCACCAAAGGUUUCUAGUGCGGUCCAAUGGAAGUAUGAUAAUAAAUAUAGUCCGGAACUUAAACGGUCAUUUUCUUCAAUUGAUGAUGAUAGUGAUUCUGUAUGUAAAAGCUUUCAAGGAGAAAGAAUUGAUCUAAAAGAUAGUUCUUUUUAUAUUAAGUCUCCUUCUCCACGAUCAAACCAGUUUAAACUUGAUAAGCAAGUUGGAAGAAGAAGCUUUCCUAUUGAAAGUAAAAGUCAUUCAUCAAAUGAUUAUAGAAGAAGCUGUGCUGCUGAUCAAACUCCAGAUAUUUCAACUGAAAACUGGACUAAAAGGUUUAAGGGUAUCUUGCCUAGUUACAGUCUCCAGAACCUUAUGUCUUUUAAAUCUGAUUCAGGAUUUAUUGAUGCUCAUUGUCAUCUUGACUUCCUUUUUCAAAGACUAAACUUUGAAGGGACAUUUUCAGAUUAUAAGAAACAGCUUGAAAGUACAUUUCCUGAAUGUUAUCAAGGAUGCAUUGCAGUAUUUUGUAACCCGUUUACAUUUCCAAAGAAAUCGAUGUGGCAAAAAUAUCUGGAGGAAGAAAAGGUCUGGGGGACAUUUGGUUGCCAUCCUCAUAACUCAAAAAAUUACAAUGAUGAAGUAGAAAGAACACUGUGUGAAGCUUUGCAGCAUCAUAAAGUCCGUGCAUUGGGUGAGAUUGGAUUGGAUUAUUCUAACAGGAAUAAUUGUUUACAGGAAGUACAAAAAAGUGUACUUAGACGACAGUUAAAGAUUGCUAAGAAGGAAGGGCUACCUCUUGUUAUUCACUGUAGAGAAGCCAAUGAAGAUUGCAUGGAAAUAUUAAAAGAAAUUAUUCCAACUGAUUAUGUGAUUCAUUUACACUGCUUUACGGAUACUUGGACGUGGGCCCAGAAGUGGCUUGAAACAUUUCCUAACCUCUGCAUUGGAAUUACGAAUGUUGUAACAUUCCCAUCUGCGGAAUCAGUUCAUGAAGUUGCGAGGAAUAUUCCACUAGAUCGUUUGCUGUUAGAAACGGAUGCUCCAUAUUUUCUUCCAAGAAUAAUUGCUAGGGGACGACGCUGGUCUCAUCCAGGUAUGGCCAUACAUGUUGCUGUUCAAAUUGCUGCUCUGAAAAGUAUUCCCCUAGAAAGAGUUCUUCGAGUUACUUCAAUGAAUACAAAAAGACUGUAUCAUUUAUAAUGAUGUAUCCUAUUUUUUUAAAUUAUGCAGUUAUUGACCGGAAAGAUUUAUUUAUUAUAUGUCUAAAUUAGAUUAUAAUAAUUUUUUUUUUUUUUUUUUUUUUUUUUUUUUUUUUUUUUUUUUUUUUUUUUAACAUCUGAAAAUUUAUUUGUUUGAAAUACUUCAUCAUUCUAAUUUUGGAAAAUUUCAGUUAAUUGCUAUCUUUCGUAUUGAAUUUACAUAGUUGAAAUAUUUAUUUAUUUACAAUGUUUUAUUUUCAUUUGUUUGUCUUCCCCCCCCCACACACACACACACAAACACAAGGUUUUUUGGCUGACUGUCCAUUUGCUAUGAUAAUAGUUUUGAGGAAACAUCCCUAUGUGAAACAGCUUUUUAUGGCAAAUAAUUGGUCCAUUUUCUUUCAUCAAUACAGGAUCUCCACAAAUGAUGUAUAAAAUUCUAUCCUCCUGCAUGGUGAAAAAUACGAUUUCCUCCCUUCUUUUAGGAAAGAAACAGGAAACUGUUUAAAUAUGACGAUACUGUUCGACUGUGGAUUUUAGAUAAAUAUGUUAAAGAGGUAUGUCAGGUAUUUGUAAGGAGCUCGAGGAAGUUGUUCUGCUUUAGCUGAAAAUGCCAGUCAGUGUUCUUCACAACAUGUACGUCUGUAAGCACAUAAACUGCAAAUAAGACUCUGAUAUAUUGGCAGUGAGUGCAGUUGACAUGCAUUAAAUCAAGUACUGCUUUUCUUCCUGUGAUCUGUUUUAAUCUGUUUUAAUGAUGAAACAACAUUCCAUGUAAGUGGGAAGGGGUAGAAUUUGGGAAGAGGAAUCGGAGAAUAUCCAUAUGAUAAGAGGAAUAAUAUAUCCCUGAGCAUAUUGUAUAAUGUAGUAUAGUGAUGGACAGCACUCAAACUGUUUUCUACAAAUCAAACUGCUAUCUGGACAUGUUACUAUAGUUUUUGUUAUAUCACAAAUUAAAGAUAUUUCUGACAUUAUUUUUCAACAAGACAUUACCUGCAUAUUGAGCUCUAGUAGUUUGAUGAUGUUCAGAUAAAUAUCCAAGCCAGUGGACUUUAUAAAGAAAUAAUAGAUAGCACAGAAACUAAUAAUUCCUUAUAACUUUUUUCAUGUAGAGUUAUAUCAAGAAUAUGGUCUACAACAGAAUUUCUUAAACUGUGGAUGCGUGUUACGGGUCCUGCAUCAGGGAGUCGCAAAAAAUUUAGCAAUUUUGAUAUUUAUUUAACUAAUUAUAAUAAUUUUAUAAUUGCAAUAUAUUUUUGCAUAAUGUAUCUGAAAAUGGAUAAAGAUAAGACAAUACAGACAAAGAAAAAAUGAAAA